GUCUUCUCAAAUAUACUAGAAAGAUUCCUCUCCAAGCGGCGCAAGAUAUAUUAGAACGUGGCACCACCCGUUGAUCCCCCGUUUCUUUCCCACACGUCGGGACGCAGGCCAGGUUAGUUCGCUUCGCAAUAUCCUUAUCGGAGCCUUCCUCAAUUCCCACGCGGUCCGAGCACAAGUCAGUCCUUUCGAACUCGCCCAGCCACGGAAAAAAAAAAAAAAAACAAAAAGGAACGUGCGAGCACUGGUUGGCUACACGACAGGAUAUCAAGAGAAAAAGAAAGCAAGACGGCGUCCCACUUGUCAAACUGGUAGUUUGCAUUGGGCGGCCAUACGGAGGAGAUUUCAUAUUUGGAAGCCUAAAAUCCUCAGAGUAUGCCUCGAUAAAUCCUCGAGUUGUUGGACGCAGUAGAGCGCGGUCAGGAGACGUCGAAACCAGGAUAUAGUUAACAAGGAAGCUCAAUUCAAAAGAGAGGAGGGGCUAGUUAUAAAUGGCUGUUGACUCUAAACUCCGAUCCGACUCGCAUUAUUUCGGAGCCCAUGAUCCUCAAACGCAACCGACCGGCGUGCCCGCGGCGAUGAGUUCAGGUUCCGAGACUGGAGAUAUGAGUAACAUCGGUGCUGGUGAUAACUCGGGUGUACCCGAAAUGAAACAGCCUGUCGCCCAUGUUAGCGGUACAAUGAAUGUGGGACAAAUGAGGCUAUUGAACUCCCCGAGCAGGCAUCACAAUCGCAUCCUAUUAUCCACGAACACUCCUUUCUCCGACACGGUGAUGCGCUCCCUUCUUCGCGAUCCGGAUAUCGAGCUUCGUUUAAUAGCAGAUAAAGAUUUCAACGAUGGGGCUGACGGCGUGGACAAUCUUCUAUACUAUCCAGACAUUCCACAGUCAGAAACAUACCGGAGCAGGAGGGAAUGGAUGAAUAUUACAGCAGCGAGCCUCGCAGACUGGGCAGAUGUUCUCAUCGUUGCGCCAGUUGACGCAGGAACUCUUGGGUCUAUGGUCUCUGGGUUAACUACAAGUCUUACACUGACGAUUCUUCGGGGUUGGGAUAUAUCUAAGACAAUCUUGCUCGUGCCGAAAAUGAUGCUGCUUGAGUGGAAAUCCCCCAUCACCGGAAGACAACUAGAUCAGCUUCGCACUUUCUGGCCCUGGGUCAAAAUACUUCCCCCAGUCCUGUCUAGAUUUGAACCCCCUGAUUCUCUCGUCGAAGUUCCGUGGGAAGGACGAGAGAUGUUCUAUGAAGAGGUCCGGAAAGGGCUUGGAUGGCCAUUUAAUGUAAACGGCGCCGAGGACAAAAUCGAUUCCCUCGAUGAAGCGGUAAUAGCCGGGAGAAUGGACAAGCAUCUCGUUAAAAAUGAUAUGGACACUGCAACAGUCUUGGAAAAUCGAUCAGAGAGUACAGUCAGGAGAAGCAGUACUCCCUCCAGAGACCCAAAUGCUCCUGUCCUUCCGCCAGAACUUUUGACCAUGAUUUUUGAGGCUUUGGGUGACUGGGAAACAUCGACAGCAGUUGGGGUAUACGCCAGAAUCCCAAUGCCAGAGCACUGGAAGGCUUUUGCUCCAAAAGCUGAUUGCCCAUCAACGAAUUUUUCCCUUGAAUACACGAUUCUUCGAAGUCCUUUAUGCGAUAUCACAAAACUCCUCUCCUCCGCACCUCCAUGGAAGCCCCUAUCCAACCUCGCGGCACACUUAAUUUUUAAGUUUUGUCGAACGGACGUCCUCGACUACAUUUGUCAGUCACGAAUUGAUUUAUACUGGUCGACACCGCGGCUAUCUAGCCUUCCGCUUCGAGCGUCUGCUGUGUAUGGCAAUACAACUCUUCUAGAGUGGUGGCGAAAUUGUCCAGAUCUGCCGACGAACGAUUACCUUCCGGAUGCUCUCGACGGAGCAUCGCGAGCCGGCUUUAUCCACGUCCUGGAGUGGUGGCGAAAGUCCGGGUUGCCCCUUCGGUACACCGAACGAGCGCUCGAAUCUGCGUCUGCGGAGGGUCAAAUCGCUGUCCUCGAUUGGUGGAAAAGGGUCUCUGAAUCUUCAGCUUAUUCCGAUCCAGUCCCUUUGAAGAUAGGAAAAUCGGUACUUUUGGCGGCGCAGUCUGGCAAGACGGCCUCGCUUGCCUGGUGGGAUAGAUCUGGCAUCCCAUAUUCACAUGGCGAAUCUGUCGCUCGUAUUGCGAGCACACAUGGCCAUGUUCCCGUGUUAGAGCUGUGGUACAGGCGCAAGGGUUCGAAAAUCAUUUUUGACAACCAGGUUCUUGUCGGUGCGACGAAGAAUGGUCACGUUGACGUGCUCGAGUGGUGGCGACGAAGUGGAUUACGGGUUGAAUUCAAGACCUGCGACAUUGAAGAAGCGUUGGAAGACGCCGUGUCGGGUGCUGAAGAUCGAGUUCGACGCUGGUGGGAGCGAAACGGGUUGAACUUGGGGGUUGGUACGAGCGAAUGGAUGAAAGUUAAGGUUCUGUGAAUAGUGCUCAGAUUACAUCUCCGAGGAGCUACGCUUGUCUGGUUUGUUGGAAUAUAAUAUCAUGACUUAUGUUUUGGCGUUCUACCAAUGUCCGAUUGCUCUCGGAUUUUGCAUCAUUGCCAUGGUCUCGGAUAUGUUUUUCGGUUGCUUAUAAGAUGCUAAAACAAUCCUUUGCAUUUGCAUGUAUAUUAUUCACUAGAUGAGAGAUUCUGUGAUUUUUAGGA